UUACCUGCAAGGGUAAAAAAAGAAUGCGUGACUGUAUAAAUGUGAAUGUGGAAGAAGAAAAAGAAAUUGUGGUUACUAAGAAACCAAGACAAUCUUUAAAGGAGAGCACUGAAAUACUUGAAACAAUUUCCAAAAUUGAUGCAAAUUCAGAUGUAGUUUGUCUAGGCAAUGAGACAAAUAGAAUGUUUAAUUUCAGUCCACUGUGUACUGAAGUAAAGCAUAAAUUAAGUAGUAAACUUAAUAUAGAGUUCUAUAGCGAAAAUUUAGUUUUUCCAACAAACAGCAGAACAAUGGGCCAUCCUUGUAAAACAGUUAGUAUUUUAGGUGAUGGUAAUUGUUUUUUCAGGGCAGUGGCACAAGUAAUAUGUGGCACGCAAAAACCUCAUAGGGCAGUUAGACUUGCAAUUGUGAAACAUAUGGAAUUGCACAGUGUGCAAUACAAGAAUCUUUUAAGAUGUCAGUACGCAUCUAUGGAAGAUUAUUUAUCUAAAUCCAAAAUGAGGUUUGUAGGGUCAUGGGCCACAGAAUUGGAGAUUCAAGCGAUGGCUAAUUAUUUGGGAGUGGACAUUUAUACAUAUCAUAAUGAGAAAUGGUUACAGUACAGUUGUAUGCAUGAAAGAACGUGCAAUCAAGGUAUAUAUCUACAGCACUGUAAUGAGAAUCAUUAUGAAGUUGUUGUUUGUGUGAAACAACCUAAUAGCCAGAUGUGUUAUAUGCUGUGCCAGAAUGAAGAAUGCAAUGAUGAAAAACAUAUGUGUACACGACAGCAAGUAAAGGUAGAAAGUGAAAUUUCUGUGAAUCAUGAGGAGCAAGAUACUGUUGCUGGAGAUACAAAGAAUGAUGUAUCUGUUAAUAGGAGGAAAUAUUUGAAAAGGUAUUACUUAUUAAAAAGAGUAAAGAACAAAAUUAAAGACCAUACUAAGCAAUCUGUUUUGGAGAAGUAUCAUUGCAAUGCAGAGUUUCAGAAACAUGUGAAAAAUCUCAAAAAGAAAAGAUAUCAUAGCAAUGCUUUAUAUAAAGAGUCAUUAAAACAAGCAAGUAAGAUCAAAUAUGCUGAAAACCAGCAACAUAAGUGUAAAGUCAAUGAGUACAAUCGAGUGAAGUAUAAAAAGAAUGAGCAAUAUAGGAGUAAAAUUAAUGAGUACAACAGGGUGAAAUACUUUGAUAAUGAGCAAUAUAAAAUGAGAAUGAAGAAAUACAGUAGGACAAAAUACCAGAACAAUGUUCAAUUUAAAAACAGAGUGAAGACAUUCAGUAAGGUGAAAUACCAUGUAAAUGAGGAAUUUAAAAACAGAGUGAAGACAUUCAGUAGGGUGAAAUACCAUGUCAAUGAGCGAUUUAAAAAUAGAGUGAAGACAUUCAGUAGUUUGAAAUACCAUGACAAUGACAAGCAUAGAAACACUGUCAAGCAGCACAGUAAAUUAAAAUAUCAUAAAAGUGCAUUACAUAAAGAAAAUUUAAAAAGAAUUAACAAGAUGAGAAGAGAACAACUAAAACAAAAUCAACAGGUUUGUGAUUUUGUCAAAAAACAGUUUGUAGAUAAAGUUAGUUCUGGGCCAGAAUUUGUUUGUUGUGUUUGCCACCGGCUGUUAUUUAAACAGCAAGUAUUAUGCUGUAGAACAGAUAAUUAUAAUACAAAUUCAGCAGUGUCAUUGAUGGCUAAAAAAUGUAUUACAAAACAAAAUUGUGUUAUUCCCUGUGAACUGGCAGAUUCAUGUAAAGGCAAGCUUUGGAUUUGCUUCACUUGUCAUUCUAAAGUAAAAAAAGGUGAAAUGCCAGCUGAAAGUGCUGUUAACAAUCUAGAACUGAAACCUAUACCUGAAGAACUGCAUUGUCUCAAUAAUUUAGAGCAACAUUUAAUAGCUUUGCAUAUCCCAUUCAUGAAAAUGUUAGCUUUACCAAAAGGUGGGCAAAAUGGAGUGCACGGUCCAAUUAGUUGCGUGGCAGCUAAUAUUAAACACACAACAAAUGUUUUGCCUAGAACAGAAAAUGAAGGGUCUUUAAUUUGUGUAAAGUUAAAGCGGAAGUUGACAUAUAAAGGUCAUUAUAAGUAUCAGUAUGUGGACACAACAAAUAUUAAACAGGCACUGUGUUGCUUAAAAAAAAUAAACAAAUAUUAUACAGAUAUUAUUUUCAAUGAUGAUUGGUUAAAUGAGUUUAUUAGACAAGAUGAUGAUGACGAUACAAAUAACAUGGUGGAGACUGAAUUGGAAAACAUAAAUGUUGAUGAGGAGUUACACGAUAGGCAACAGCACUGUGUGUUUAUGGAUACGUGUCUGCAACCUGUAGAUAUUGGGCAAGAAGUACUUGAUCAGUAUUUUGAUGGUAUCUUGAGCCUAGCCCCCGCUGAAGGGAAUAAUCCAGUGAAAAUGCUUGCUGAUGAGACAAAUGAAGCUAAAUGUUUUCCUGUUUUGUUUCCUAAUGGUACUUCAACUUAUUGUGAUAAAAGGGCACAGAGAUUAACAUUGUCUCGAUAUUUUAAUAAUCGAAUUUUGCAUGCAGAUGGUAGAUUUGCACAAAAUAUUGAAUACAUUUUUUAUGCACAGUAUCUAUCAGAAAUACAACAGGUACUGUCUAAUGUAUCUAUUGCUUUAAGAAAAGGCCAUGGAUAUAAUAAGUCCAUACCAAGUGAAAUGUUUAAAGAUACUGAGUCCUUGAGGCAAGUGCUUAAUUUUGAUGAAGGCUAUAGAUUUCUGAAGCCCAUCCGUGGCACUCCGGCAUUUUGGCAAGGUGUGCAAAAAGAUUUGUUUGCCAUGGUCAGACAAUUGGGCAUUCCCACCUGGUUUUGCUCAUUCUCAUCUGCUGAUAUGAGAUGGACAAAUCUAAUGUCAAGUAUUUUAAAACACGAAGGCAGAAAUAAAACAUUAGAACAAUUAGAAUGGGAUGAAAAAUGCGAACUUUUGCGUCGUAAUCCUGUUACUGCAGCUCGCAUGUUCGAUUUUAGGUGGCAUUGUUUUUUAAAAGAGGUGCUUAUGUCUCCUGUUCAGCCCAUAGGGGAAAUUGUGGACUACUUUUAUAGGGUAGAAUUUCAACAACGUGGUUCUCCCCAUGUCCAUUGUUUGUUCUGGAUAAAAAAUGCCCCACAAAUAGAUAAGAAUUCUGAUGAAGAAGUUGUCAAAUUUAUAGAUAAAUAUGUUACAUGCGAGGUGUCCUGUGAAGACGAUGAACUGCAGAGUGUUGUUACAUCCGUGCAGUGUCACAGUAAACGUCAUUCCAAAACGUGUAAAAAGAAAAACACAGUUUGUCGUUUUAAUUUUCCCAAACCACCAUCUAUGCAAACAUUUAUUUGUCGCAGAAAAUUAGAAGAUGAGAAAAACUUGUCCAACAAAGGUGAUAGUCAAAGUGAAAGUAAAAGUACAAAUGUAAAUGAUAACACACAGGUAGAAUAUGCUCGAAAACAUAAUGACUGCAGUUAAGAAAGCUAUUUCAGAAGAGCAGUUCAGUUCUUUAGAAACUUUGUUUCAAAGUGUUUGAAUAAAUCAGGAAUUAUUUGAAAUGGCAUAUAAAUGCAUUAAUAAUAGCACACACAUUGUCUUGAAACGACAAUUGCAUGAAGUAUGGGUAAAUCAAUAUAACAAAUUUAGCCUUAAGUGUUGGAAUGCUAAUAUGGACAUUCAGUAUGUAACAGAUGCUUAUGCCUGCAUUGUUUAUAUAAUUUCAUAUAUUUCAAAGUCAGAACGGGAAAUGGGUUUAUUGUUAGCUAAUGCUCAGCGAGAAUCAGCAACUCAGGGUAAUGUAGAUGCAAGACAAGCUUUGAGGAAAUUAGGCAGUGUGUACUUACAUAAUCGUGAAGUUAGUGCACAAGAAGCAGUUUAUAGGUUAACAAACAUGCAUUUAAAAGAGUGUUCGAGACAUGUUCAAUUCAUUCCUACAGGUGAAGAUACUGUACGGAUGAGUUUGCCUCUGAGUGUAAUACAAAACAAAUUGCAAUCUCAGAAUCUGAAAAGUGAAGAGAUGUGGAUGACAAGUUUUGUUGAUCGCUAUAAGAAUAGGCCAAAUCAGAGCAUUUUUGAAGAUAUGUGUUUGGCAAGAUUUGCGUCUGAAUAUCGUGUUGUAUACAAAGGUCAGUCUUGCGCUAAUAAAAUUAGGUUGGAAAACAAUUUUGGUUUUAUUGUAAAAAGAACUCGUACUCAGCCUGCUAUUGUGCGCUUUGCUCGAUUUUCAGUAACAAGGAAUCCUGUAAAGUUUUAUCUCAGUGUAUUACAAUUGUUUUUUCCUUAUCGUAUAGAUAAUCAGUUAAAACCAGACCAGUAUUGUAAUUAUGAACAUUUUUAUAAAGAAGGUAGUGUCUGUUUUAGUGAUGGGUCUGUUCAAUUGGUUAAAAAUAUAGUGGACACAAAUAGAGUACUUUUUGAAAAGGAUGCAGAUGUCUUAGAUAA